UGCUGCGUCGUCACUGUUCCAUCACCGUCGUCACCACCGUUACGCCCAGUCGUUUCCAUGGCCAAGCUCGUCAACCAGUCGUUUUGGCUGUGUUGUUGCUGCCUCAACGAACAGCUGCUUCUCUCUCUAAGUUGCUGCGUCGACUUCCUCCCCGUCUGUUGCACCGAACAACUUCAAGCUCGAACAACCGGAGCGCACGAACAACUGCUUCAGUCUCCGAACUGCUGCUGCUCGCGUUUCUGGUAGUUGAAUUCGCUGGCCAUGGUAGCAGUGUCAUUAGCUUCUUCUGCCUCCUUCGUCGUCCCAUUUGCUACUGCUUCAUCGUCCAGAUUUUGCUACUGUCCCGUUUCUUCAGUUACUUCUUAAUCACGUUCGUCAUUGUUGGUUCGAGAUUUGGUCGAGGCUCGUCAAGUUUGUUGUUGGUUUAGUCGUUUGUUCGUCGUUCAUCUCCGGUUAGUAGAUUUUUGAAGUUUAUUUUGUCCGCAUUUCGUUUUGAUAUUUUCGAAUCUAAAAUCGGCAAAGGUUUGUUUUGUUUAUCGUUUGAAUUAAUUUUUAGUUCA